AUGAUGGCAUCGUUGGAAUCGACGACAGCGGGUCCGCACCGGAAGAUUGGCAGCAGCCGUCGGUGCUGCUCUGAAUCUGAACUUGUGCUCACCUCUGCACCACUUCACUCGAAAAAGUGUCAACAGAUUAUAGUCGACGAGAUCCACCAUGAAACCAGCUCGAGCGAGGCUUCGUACGCAGCGUCUGCGGUGUUGCUGACGUCGUCGGCGUCGAGCAAAUUCCCGCAAGCGAAUUUCGUGCUCUACUGUCGUGGGCUGCUGUCAGCGAGUAGCACCUCCAGGUCCAGACCUGGAGAUGUCGUCUCACACAGGCCCAUGACCGACCGCGGGACAUCUAGAGCUGCGAAUGCAGACUUAAACGUGGACCUUGCGCGCAGAAGUUGA